AUUCACAACGCCUUGACACAUUUCGGUGCACGUCACUGGUCACGUGUUCGACACUCUUCCUCUAGCUGAAGUUGAAGAGAAAGUUUUGACAAGCUCACAGGAGGAGAAUAAAAACUAGCGCUCAGAAUUCACGACAAUUUCCUGUGGGGAAACGAUGGAAUCUGUUGCCCAGAAAGUGUUGUCUUCGACAUUUUCUCUCGACUUGGGUCCCCUCAAAGAGCCUCUGGCGUUUAUCCGAUUGCUCGAAUGGGUGUUUGCAAUAUUUGCCUUUGCCACAACUGGAGGCUACAGCGGCACGACCAGCGUCAACGUCCAGUGCCUUGGCAGCCAGAUUCAAGAAAUACAUGCAAAUUUCAACUACCCGUUUAGGUUGAUGGAACAUCCUUAUGAUGUUCCCACCUGUGUUGCAAAUCAAACCAAGCCUGUGGUGCGCUACCUGACUGGAGAUUACGCAUCUUCGGCACAAUUUUACGUUUCUAUCGGAGUGUUGGCGUUUUUGUACAGCACCGCCUCCCUCAUCUUCUAUUUAGGCUUCCAGCAUCUGUACAGAGGAUCUAGUCGUGGCCCAAUUGUGGACCUGCUGCUGACUACGGCCUUUGCAUUCAUGUGGCUGGCUUCCUCCUCCGCUUGGGCCAAAGGCUUGUCUGACGUCAAGUGGUCCACCAGUCCUUCCACCAUUCUGACGCUUCUCACAGUGUGCAAGGAUGCUAACAAGUGCACGGCUGGCGCCACGCCUCACAUGGGCCGACUCAACGCCUCGGUGAUUUUUGGUUUCCUUAACUUCAUCUUGUGGGGUGGCAACUGCUGGUUCAUUUAUAAGGAAACUCCUUUCCAUAAGUCAAACGUACCGCCCGCUGCAGAUGCUGAGGGCACUGCCCCACCGAUGUAACUCCUCAUCCUGUAAUUGUUGAGUGGCAUGUCUGCUUGUCAUGAAGUGACAAGGUGGUGAAUGACAGCUGCAGGUUAGAAGAUAUGCAGUUGUUAGGUCUAACAUUUACACUGCAAGUUUAAGUUCCCUUGUUUGUUUAGUGCCUAUAUAUAGCCAGUGUUUUUGGACUAAUCAUAAUAACAAAUGUUGACGCCAUGCUCUUCUGAAUUACAUGGUGUAGAGAAAAAAAAAAGGUUUGAAUUUGUCCAUCUUUCCUGGCUACCUAUUUCCUGCAGGAGCCAAUUUGUUUUGUAGAACUGAUGCCAGGAGAUGUUUUUUUUUUUUUUUGCAAGGGGUGCUCUUGAGUACAUUUGCAGCCUUUUAAACUGCACAAUUGUCAAGAUUCAUGCAAACCUUUGAAAUGGUUUUACUCCCCUGUAAGAGGACUAGUCUGUAUAUUUAAAAUAGAACAUUUAAAAGUCAAUAGGUAGAAUAACCCGGACCCUUAUUUUGUAUGCUUAAGUUUGUGUGGACUCUUAUAGUAAUAAUAAUUCUAAAGAAUAAUACUAUUAGUGCUGCACUUGGAUUGCUCUGUCAAAUUGCCAAAAAUGAUUCUUUAAGAAUUGUGUUUCCUGCUUAAAUGCUUGAGAGAAGGAGUUCAAAAGUGGGCAUGUUUUUUUGUUUGUGUGUUUAAUUGCAUUUUCCCCUCUGUCACCCUACAUGGCAUCAUUUUGCUAUUCUCAUUUUUUUUAUUAAUGUUUACGCAAACUGUUGCAGAUGUUUUUUCCCCUCAUCGCUUUGUCUUGAAUUAUUGUUGGUGUGAAAAGAAGACUCAUCAUAAAGGUCCAGUAGUAUUUCAGUGAAUAACAGGAAGUGUUUUCACUCAUAACUUCUACUUCGUUACAAAAUGGACAGUGCAGUACAUAUUGUCAUCUGGCUUUGUACUGGUUACAUUCUGCACAAAUCAUUGUAAAUAUCUGCACAUUCAAUAAAGCCUAUGGUGUCCAUAGUUGUUGUUUUAUUAAUAAACCCAAGUGUUGACUGUAAA